AUGAAUUAUAAUUAUAAAUAUCUCAUACAAUCACCCAAAAAGCAAGCUCAACUUAAGGUUAGUAUUAAAUAUAGUAGUGCAAUAAAUUUGGAUUAAAUUCCAAAAUUUAAUUAUCGAUCUCCAAGAAAUUUAGCUAGAUAAAUAACAAAUGUUAGUCCAACAAUUCAUUUGAAUAGUUCUAAAAACAAAAAAAAUAUUGAAUCUAAAAGCAGAUCACCAUCAUUAGAAUCAAAUUGGUUUAAUAUAAAAAAAAUAAAAAAGAAAGUUGAUCCUUUUGAAAAUCUAAAUUAUGGACAUCCUAAAAUAUUUCAUAAAUUAUCUCCAGAUUAAUUGAUACCAACAUAAUUAUCUAAACCAUUAACAGUUCAUGUUUAAAAAAGAAUAGUAAUUAAAAAGAAAACUGAUCCAGAUCGUAUAGCUAGAUCAAAUACACAAUAUUCAAUAAGUAGAUAAGAAAUUAAAAAUAAUACAUCUUCAUCAAGAAUAUUAUAGAAGAGAGAAAAUAAAAAAGAACCAUCAGGAGAAUUAAAAGGAUGGCAAGGUUGGCAUAUGGAACAUUUUGAUGAUUUUUUAUGA